AUGCAUCUUGGCGUCAAGUAUGGCGAGCUUACGCUUUUCGGCACUGACGGACGUCCGGCCUCUUCACCUCAAUUACAGGCCGCAGAUGAGUCCAUACAAACUAUAAGAGGUGGUUUAAAAGCGAAACUUCAGCCGCUAGGUCUGACUGUGUUGCGCCGCGCCGGCAUUCGAAGUGGCGAUGCAUUCAUCCUUGUGGUAGACAAUGAUCGCACUAGCGUGGCCUGUAUACUUGGAGCAAUGAUCCUACAGUGUAUUUGCACUCUUGUAAGCAAGAACCGCAUGAAUCUUAUCAAAUACGUAAAGACCCACACUGGAAUCACUAGAGUACUUAUGGUCGACGACACAACCGAGUCCGUGAUCGUCGAGGAUGAUGUUAAAGCGACAGACCCAACAAAUAAUGCUGCAGCCAAUUUGUGGAUUCGAGACGAAGAGAUUAUCAGUAAGGGCUGCGUCUGUCUACUCACGUCUGGCAGUGUCGGCACUCCUAAAGUCGUGCUUUGUACAUGGAACCGCAUGCUUUUACAAGGCGAAUCCACACAUCAGCAGCUUUUUCCUAAACGUUCAGCACGCAUUAUUUGUAGCACGUCAAUAUCUCAUGCCUUCGCAAUCAAUACUAUCUUUGCUCUGUACACAUCCCCCUGCGAUGCACAGUCGGAACUUUGCUUUUCCUCCAGCGCCGUGGGAAUUUACAAACUUCUCGCGCAGCACAGUGGCCUCUUCAAGGUGCUCUAUGCAACACCUGGGAUAUACACCGCACUGGCCAUGAUGCCCCCAACUCCGCUAUAUGCUGACGUUUCAUAUUGCGCAGGCGCUCGUGUCUGUAUUCCACUGUUUCAGAAAAUGCGUGAUGACUUUGGAUUGAUUCUAAUGCAAAAUUACGGGUCGACUGAAACGGGUAAUAUAGCAGCUUGGAUCUUGAAUGGAACAACUCUUGACACAGAGAUAAAAAAUAUGGAUAGCAACGAAAAUGUGCAAUAUGUUGGCAGUUUAUGGCCUGGAGUAGAAUCGCAAAUUACCGACGAGGGGGAAAUUGUAAUAAAGACCCCAUGGCAGUCAGUCGGGUACGUUGCGAAUUGCAUGCUGCACCGGUUUUAUGAAGCCUAUCAUUCGUCUGAUCUUGGGAUCAUCAUUCGAUACGAAAACAAAAUUGAUCAUAUUUGGCUCUAUGGUCGACUUCGUCCUGAAGUCGAAAUCGAGUGGCAGGGGCAGCGCAUGAAAUUCUCACCCGACAAGAUCGAGAAAGUACUUCUUGCGCACUCUCAAGUGACAGAUGCCCUCAUCUUGGUGCAAAAUGAAACGUUUCGCAAGCAAGGCAUUAUUCAAGCCCGUAUUGUCCAAGACAACAGGUUUGGUGUGAUUGCGCUAGAUAUGAAGCAAUGGUUAAUCGACCGUGAUAUGGUGCCUUUAUGUGACUCGUUGUUGAUCGAGUUGGCAGAAUAUCUGCCUUGCAGUCCAGCGGGUAAACUCAUUUAUACUUGA